CAAGUCCGAUAGUUGGUAGCACUGAGCUGGACACGCAUGCAUAUCUUCGGCCAUGACAACCAAUCCGAGUCUCCGACGUAGCAUACGACCGACGAAUCUGAAAUAUGACUCCUACCCGAGUGCAACGACAUCCCAGCUCCUCUGUCGGCCUGUUUUAUCGCGCAAAUGAGAUUCGAUGACCGAUGCCAAUCCAUGUGGAUCCGACAAAGAUUUCCCCUUGCGGAAUAGCGUGCCCUGUAUACAUUCACGGAGCAACCCAUUUGUCACCGUGGUGAAUGUCGCCAAUGACGGCGGAAUGUUGUCAGAGGGCACAAUGCGGAGUUAUUUCAUUCCUUGAUUUAUAAAAGGGCUGGAGUUUUGCUCGUUCUGGCAGCUGUGCGGGUUGCAUUCAGCAUAUAGCUCACUUCUCGUUUUCUGUUUACUUUUUACUGCUUUUGAUUGACAUUAUGGGUGACUACCAAACUCCUGCGGUUGUUGCUUCUGCUACCUCCUCGGCCGAUGCAGCGGCUUCAAAGCCAGGCGCUGAGACCACCAGUCCUCAGGACGCAAUUCUCUACCGCCAGCUUCGCCAGAAGCCUUUGAACAUCGUCGGAGGCCGAGGCAGCUACAUCCUGACCGAUGACGGACGGGAGAUCUUAGAUGCGACAUGCGGCGCGGCCGUGUCUUGUCUCGGCCAUAGCGAUGAGCGUGUCCAUGGCGCCAUCCUCGAGCAACUGCAGAAGAUCCCCUACUGCUAUUCUUUAUACUUCACUAAUAGCGCGGCAGAGCAGCUGGCUAGGUUCUUGGUCGAUUCGACAGGCGGAAAGAUGAGCCGUGCGUCGAUUUUCUGCUCGGGAACCGAGGCCGUCGAAGCUGCUGCCAAAAUGGCCAUUCAAUACUUCACCGAACUGACUGUGCCUCAGCCGCAGCGCGUCAAAUUCAUCUCCCGACAGCAGUCAUACCAUGGAAAUACAUUGGGGUCGUUAGCUAUCGGACACCAUGUCGCCCGUCGAGGGAUCUACGAGGAGUUUCUCUCCAAAAACGUCUCCCAUAUCUCACAGUGCUAUCCGUACCGGAACAUGAAGCCCGACGAAAGCGUCGACGCCUACGUCGCUCGACUAGCGCAGGAGCUGGACGACGAAUUCCACAGACUAGGCCCUGAUACUGUCUGCGCCUUUGUGGCCGAGACAAUGGCCGGCGCGACCCUCGGAUGCGUCCCGCCCUUGCCGGGGUAUCUGAAAGCCAUGAAGCAAGUCUGCGAGCGACACGGCGCGCUGUUCAUUCUUGACGAAGUCAUGUCUGGCAUGGGCCGUACCGGAACCUUGCACGCGUGGGAACAGGAGGACGUCGUGCCUGAUCUGCAGACCAUUGCGAAGGGCCUGGGCGCUGGCUAUGUGCCUGUUGCGGGCCUCCUAUUCAAUAAACGCGUUGUUGAGACGCUGACGCAGGGGACGGGCUCGUUCGCGCACAGCCAGACAUACCAGGGUCAUCCUGUCUCUUGCGCGGCUGCAUACAAGGUGCAGACCAUCAUCCAGGAGGAUAACCUGCUAGCGAAUGUGCGCGCCAUGGGCGAGUACUUCGGCCAGCUUUUGAGCGAGAAAUUGGGAGGUCAUCCUCAUGUGGGUGAUAUUCGGGGCCGAGGGCUGUUCUGGGCUAUCGAGUUCGUGGAAGAUAAGAGCACGAAGAAGCCGUUCGCGCCGUCUAAGGCCGUGGCAUGGAAGGUCCACGAGGCUGGCUUGAAGCCUGAGCAUUGCAUCUCGCUUAUGCCAGGGAAUGGGGGAGCUGAUGGGAGGAAUGGAGAUCAUAUCGUUUUGGCGCCGGCAUAUAACACAACGAAGGAAGAGGUGGAGUUGAUCGUUGAGAAGACGGCUCUUGCUGUUAAAGAUGUCCUCGGUUGAGGGUUACCUCGAGAUCGACUUGUUGCUUGAUAUAUCUUUCUACUUAUGAAUUUAAUGGCCUAUAACGUUUCCCAC